CAUAGCGCUAUGCCAGAGUACGUUAGUGAGCAUCUGAACGCUCCACAGCAAGGGGGAAACGAAGCUCAUGACUUUGCGCGGAAGAUAUCCGCUCUAGCAUCGGACCAAGGGAACAAACAGGCGCGAACGCGAGCACGGCUUGUCUUAACGCUGGGACAUGUGAGCUCGCUGCUAAGCAUCAAAACCAAGUGCUCUUCUAUACUGUACAAGGACAAGCCAGUAGGUCUUUCUCUCGACGGUGUCAGGAGUGGCGGCAGAACAAUCAAACAAGUACGAGUUCGGGGGAAUUGGUACAGCGGUGACCUACUGACAACAAUCACACUGCCUCCCUUGUUACUACCUGAGUAUAGCGAUGCGGACCUGGAUAAAAUCCUGCAGGAGGACAACUUCUUGGAGCGUAGAGAAGCGGAGAAGAAGACUCAACUUAGAAAAAGUGGCGAAGUAGCAGCUGUCCGAGAGCGCGUGUCUUGGAUGCUUAGUAGAUGGGACUUGGGUAUUGAGCGUCCUCUUCACUCCAUUUCUGACAAAGGUUCUGAGGAGCGACUGUUUUGGGUCUGGUUGAUGCACAACGGCGCGCUGGUGCAUCACUCCUUUGAUCAGCCGCAUGUCGAAAGCAGGGACUGCGCGCGCCUCGCGGAAGAUAUACUUCCUGCAGAUUUUGGACGCUUUACGAAGGUCCGCUCGACCCACGACGGGGUUUUUGCCGUGAGAUGGGGGAGAUUUAUCAACACUCUGUUGAAGCGGGACGACGCGACGGUUCUGGACAUGAUGGCGGAUGACAAGAAGCGCUUUGAGGCAG